AUGUCUGCUUCUGUUGCAAACUCUACAGGACCCUCAACACCUGUGUCAGCUUCACCAAAGCCAGCUCCAAAAGCAAGCGAUGUUCAAACCGCAAAGAAUCCAGAAGAAAAGAAAAAGAAGAGAACCAAGAGAAAGCCCAAACGACACUCACGUAAACCUACGCUAAAGACAAAGGUAGUGGUAAGAAGACUACCCCCCAACUUGCCAGAGGAAAUUUUCAACACGUCAGUCAAGCCAUGGAUUUCAGAAGACACAGUGGAUUACUCGGUAUACGUGCCCGGAAAACUGAGUAAAAGCAAAGCAAAGGAAAGCAUAUUUUCGCGUGCUUAUUUUCACUUCAAAUCUAUGGAAGCUGUUAUCGCAUUUCAUCAGGGCUAUGAUGGACAUGCAUUUGUGGACAGUCGUGGCAAUGAAUUCAGAGCUGUCGUCGAGUUUGCAUUAUAUCAAAAGAUACCGAAAGAGCCUAAAGCCGCUGAUGCUCGCCAGGGAACCAUUGAUGAAGAUCAAGAUUAUCUGGAUUUCUUGGAAUCAUUAAAGGCAGAAGAAAAGGCGCAAACAGAAUUACAAAACGAACCUGCAGAUGGCCUCACUCAAAUUGAGCGAUUGGAAAAUAGAAUUGCCAUGGUUACAGCCAAAACGUUGGCUGCUGAGCAAGCCAACAAGCCAAAGACCACGCCUCUUUUGGAACAUCUGCGAGCCCAAAAAGCUGCGCAGGCUGCUGCAAAAGCCAAGGCCACAGCAAAGAAGAAUGCUCGAAAGAGGGCUGAAAAGACGGCUCAGAAGAAGGCUGAACAGCAAGGAGCGGGUAAAGUCCCUAGCCCAUCCUCUCAGCAAGCAGCAGGACAGCAAACAGCAUCUGGAGAGGGAAAGAAGAAGAGAGAGAGAAACAGAAAGAAGAAGGAUGCAGAUGGAUCAGCAAAGAAGAAUAGCAAUGGCGCAGGAGGAGAUACAUCAAGUGUGAGUUCUGCUACUGGAUCCACUGUGUCCAAUACAUCCAAGAGCCGACCCUCUAGGGACAAUGCAAAGAAUAAGGACGCACGACCUACUAGACCACCCAAAGAGCCUAAAGCACCCAGACCACCCAGAGAUGGUGCCAACAGCACUGACAACUCUACGACAUCUAAUCCCAAACCUAAGCGACAAAACAAUAAGAAAUCGAGUGAAUCAAAGCCUCAAGUAGUCAAGAUUCUCGGUCGUCAAUCACCUGCGCCCAAGAAGCAAGAGACAAGCGGAUAA